AUGAGCGACUUAAACGCGAAAAUGUUAUUUGAGAUUCUUGAUACGGACCAUUCUGGGAAGAUUGACAAAGACGAGUUUGUGACAGGUAUGCGUAAAUGGACUGGUCUUGGUGAAGAGUACAACGAGAGUUUUGAGUUUAUUUUUGGUGCUGUUGAUGGUCAAGGCUUUUUCAAUUCAAAGGACGGACUCCUCAAUUUGUCCGAGUUUGAAAAAGUCUGUGCAGCGAUCCCAAAGUUUUCUAAAAGCAAACAAGACAUGAUCAAUCAGACUGUUUUCAAUUUAGUUGAUGACAAUGGCGAUGGCAAUGUUUCAAAGAAAGAAAUUCGAAAGUUUUUGGAACUCAUUGGGCAAAAAUAUACAGAUGAUGAGUUUGAAACGUUGUAUAAAGAAAUUGACGCGAAUGGUGACGGUGUUAUUCAAAAAGAGGAAUUUUUGGCUGUUUUGGAAAAGUAA